UUUUUAUCAUUCAAUAAAAUCAAUCAUCUUAUUCACGUUGAUUUCUUGCAAAUGAAGUUAUGAAAGUCAUACCGGUCAACACGUGCAACUCAAACCAGAUGUCAGAGAGCCAAGGUUUGGUUGGCGGGGUCAGUCACGAGAGAGUAUCAGAACCGUACUCUGUUUUGAUGAUGAUGGGAUUUUGCGGGUCGGGUUUCCUGGAGCAUCCAGAGGAUGGAAGGCGGAUCCUGCAGAAAUGGAACGUGUUGAAGAAUUCAAAGUUGGCGACUGGGUUCGGGUCCGGCCCACUCUUACUACAGCUGUACAUGGAUUAGGAUCAGUUACACCAGGAAGCAUUGAUAUUGUUUAUUGUAUUAGACCCGAUAACGGUUUAUUAUUGGAACUCAGCUAUCUUCCAAAUCCAUGGCAUUGUGAACCAGAGGAAGUUGAACACGUUGAGCCGUUUAGGAUUGGUGAUCGGGUUUGUGUGAAGCGGUCGGUCGCAGAGCCCAGGUAUGCUUGGGGUGGUGAGACACAUCACAGUGUUGGAAGAAUUAUUGAAAUAGAAAGUGACGGUCUUUUAAUAAUUGAAAUUCCAAAUCGGCCCGUACCAUGGCAAGCCGAUCCUUCUGACAUUGAAAAGGUGGAAGACUUUAAGGUAUGUUACAGAUCUUGUAUUAAGUCCGAUACUGAGCAUUAGAGGUGGAAAGUAUCUCCUGGAGAUGCGGAAGUGCUUUCCGGGUUCGAAGUAGGCGAUUGGGCUCGUUCAAAACCGAGUGUCGGCACUAGACCUAGUUACGAUUGGUUAAGUAUCGGAAAAGAAAGUUUAGCAGUUGUCCAUAGUGUUCAAGAUUCAGGUUAUUUAGAAUUAGCUUGUUGUUUCCGUAAAGGUAAGUUGAAGACUCACCACACAGAUAUCGAGAAAGUUUCACGCCUUAAAAUCGGUCAGCACGUGAGAUUCCGGGCAGGUCUACAAGAGCCCAGAUGGGGUUGGAGAGGUGCACAACGUGAUUCCCAAGGUGUAAUAAUCAGUGUGGACUCUGAUGGUGAAUUACGGGUCACGUUUUUUGGAGUAUCAGGCUUAUGGAGAGGGGACCCUUCGGAUUUUGAGAUAGAACCGACAUUUGAAGUGGGAGAAUGGGUCCGGAUGACAGAUAAUUCAAGUGUUUGGAAAUCUAUCGGGCCCGGUAGCAUUGGAGUUGUACAAGGUAUAGUGUAUGAAGAAGAUAUAUGGGCCGGAAAUAUUUCUGUUUGUUUCUGUGGAGAACAAGAGCGAUGGGUCGGGCCAAGCGCCCAUCUUGAAAAGGUCAACAAGCUAACAAAUGGUCAACGUGUGCGUGUCAAGGCUUCAGUGACUCACCCUAGAUUUGGGUGGUCAGGACACAUUCAUUCAAGUAUCGGUGUAAUUUCCGCCAUUGAUGCUGACGGGAAGCUUAGAAUAUUCACACCAUCGGGUUCAAAAUCAUGGAUGCUUGACCCGUUUGAAGUUGAAGUCGUGGAACAAGAAGAACUUCGUAUUGGAGAUUGGGUCCGGGUCAAACCAUCCGUUUCAAACCCGACCCACCAUUGGGGAGACGUGACGAAUUCAAGCAUGGGGGUAGUGCACCGUAUUGUAGAUGAUGGUCUUUGGGUAGCUUUUUGUUUCUUGGAAAGAUUAUGGCUUUGCAAGAACUGGGAAAUGGAACGGGUCAGACCAUUUGUAGUAGGCGAUAAAGUGAAAAUAAAAACGGGUUUGGUAAGCCCGAGAUGGGGUUGGGGCAUGGAAACACACACGAGCAAAGGUCAAGUAGUCGGGGUGGAUGCAAACGGGAAAUUGAGGAUCAAGUUUCAAUGGAGGGAAGGAAAGCCGUGGAUUGGUGAUCCUGCUGAUAUUGUUCAUGACGAAACAGAAAACCCGAAGCCCGAAUCAUGAAAAGCAAGCAUCUGGGCCGGAUUUUGUAGGCGUCGGGUGUUUGGAUACAGCUAAUGUGGAUAGAAAGCAUGAAUAGUGAAAAGAUUGCAGGCAGAUAACAAAGCUAUUUAUGUAAAUAGUCUAUACAUUAUUUGGUGUAUAGUUUUGUAUUAUACAGUGGAAUAACACCAUCUGAUUAUCUGUGGUGUUGUGUUGAUGGACUUUUAGUUGUGAUCUCAUUUUUCUGUAAAUUAUAACUCGUGUCUUGUUCA